CCCCGUUGCUAGGGAAGUGAGGUCACACAGUAUGGCGGCUCGGGGCCGGAGCUGCUGACGGGUCGGCGCUCUCUGGAAUCCGCGUCCAUCCUUCUCGGGAGUUGCAGCGGCGGUGCUGCCUGCCUCGCUAUCGCUGAGCGGCAGGACUAAGGCCGCGAUGGCAUCAGGAACCACAGGGCUGUGAGGCAGCAGAGCGCGAGCCUGCAGGGCAGGCGGAGCAACAGAACCGGGUCGCGGACGAACCGAGCUGCCGCCAUGGAGCUGAGGGUUGGGAACCGGUACCGGCUGGGCCGGAAGAUCGGGAGCGGCUCCUUCGGGGACAUCUACCUGGGAACUGAUAUUGCUGCUGGAGAGGAGGUUGCAAUUAAGUUGGAAUGUGUGAAAACCAAACAUCCUCAGCUCCACAUUGAGAGUAAAAUCUACAAAAUGAUGCAGGGUGGAGUGGGUAUUCCCACAAUUAAGUGGUGUGGAGCUGAAGGGGACUACAAUGUCAUGGUGAUGGAGCUGCUAGGGCCGAGUCUGGAGGAUCUCUUCAAUUUUUGUUCAAGGAAAUUUAGUCUCAAGACAGUCUUGUUACUUGCUGACCAAAUGAUUAGUCGAAUUGAGUAUAUUCACUCUAAGAAUUUCAUCCACCGAGAUGUGAAACCAGAUAAUUUCUUAAUGGGCCUGGGGAAGAAAGGAAAUCUUGUCUACAUAAUAGACUUCGGAUUAGCAAAGAAGUAUCGAGAUGCUCGAACUCACCAACAUAUUCCAUAUCGUGAAAAUAAAAACUUGACAGGAACUGCUCGUUAUGCAUCCAUCAACACUCAUCUUGGAAUUGAGCAAUCUCGCAGAGAUGACUUGGAGUCCUUGGGCUAUGUACUGAUGUAUUUUAACCUGGGCUCCCUCCCCUGGCAGGGACUGAAAGCAGCAACAAAGAGGCAGAAAUAUGAGCGUAUCAGUGAAAAGAAAAUGUCUACACCCAUUGAGGUUUUGUGUAAAGGAUAUCCUUCUGAAUUUGCCACAUACUUGAAUUUUUGCCGUUCUCUGCGUUUUGAUGACAAACCAGACUACUCCUAUCUAAGGCAAUUAUUCAGAAACCUCUUUCACCGACAAGGGUUCUCCUAUGACUAUGUGUUUGACUGGAACAUGCUGAAAUUUGGUGCAAGCAGAGCGACUGAAGAUGCUGAACGUGAAAGGAGAGAACGAGAGGAAAGAUUGAGACAUACACGAAAUCCAGCUGUUCGUGGACUACCCUCCACUGCUUCUGGCAGGCUGAGGGGAACGCAAGAUGUAGCUCCUCCUACUCCUCUUACCCCAGCUUCACAUGCUGCCAACACUUCUCCUCGACCAGUGUCUGGUAUGGAACGAGAAAGGAAAGUGAGUAUGAGAUUGCAUCGUGGUGCCCCAGUCAAUGUUUCAUCAUCUGACUUAACAGGCCGACAAGAUACUUCUCGCAUGUCAACUUCGCAGCAUUCAUCUAGGACUUAUGAGGAACUUGCCAGAUAGAAUGUUGCUGAGAUGAUGAAGCAGGUAUUGAGAUUGGUCCAAGAACAAACGGCAUAUAACUAGAGGUAAGUAGCUUUUUACUCUGUUUACCUCUAACUUUCCAUACUUUCUCAGACAAGUGCAGGAUCACUGAUCUCACAGACCAGGUCACCAGAAGAUCUUAAGAGCUCCUACUUUUGCAGUAGAUGCACAUUCUUCCUACUACCACAAAGAGUAGCUCUGUGUCAGAAAUACUGAGAAGAUAUGUUAAGAUAUGUAUUCCAAAUCUUUUGCUUCUCAUAUGCAAUGCCUCUGCUAUUGUCAAAGUUGUUUACUCUUCGGAUAUCAGCAGAUCACCUUCCUUCAGGCUUCUUGUUUUGGGUCCAGCUGCAGGGAACAAAAGCAGUGCAGUUCAGAUCAUGCCCAUUUUCCUCCACGGUGAAUGGCUGGACUCGUUUCAGACUUCAGAGAAUACCAGAUGCAAAGAUAAACUGUGGUUUUCCUUCACAAGGAUGUGCUGUGACUGCGUGCUAUUGAAGUCUGUCAUUUUGGUCCACCCAAUAACAUUAAUUCUUGUAGUAGGACAUGGCUUGAGCUGGCCGGUAAGGUAGCGAGGUAUUUGAUUAAACCUUAAGUCGUACCACUUUUGACUAAACUAAAAAAAAAGAAAUAAUUAAAAAAAAAAAAGUAAUCAUGCAUUUAUUCAAAUGUACAUUUUAUGUAAACUAGACUUAGGAUCUCCAAAGUGUAAAUACGCAGAAACUUUUGAAGAUGAACUUGAAGAGAUUUUUCCCAGUUUGCUCAGCAGAGAUGCUUAGUGUUAGGCACAAAUAGAUGUAAACUUCCCAAGUAUCCAUGCUUCUAAAUAGCAAAAUGCUUCUCUUACUGCAUUGAAGAGACUGUGAUUUUGAUGCACAUAUGUGCAGCUUUGAAAAUAUACUUUGAGGAGGCAUCUCAGCUCGGUAUCCAAAAAAUACCAAGUUAAAUACAUUAUGAGGCAAUAUUUUUUUAGGAGCUUUCAAGUUCUAAAGAGCAUGCUAAACGGUAUCACUUGAUGAUAAAGACAACUUACUGACAGGUCAGUACUCAAAAUAUUGAGGGCUUUAUAAGUCAAAGCAGCUUGUAAAACUUCACCUGCAAAUGCAACCUGGAGCACUCUGUAGAGGACAAAAACUCCUAAGUGAAGCACCACAAAAUUAAUAGCUAUUAUUUUAAAUAAGUUGAUGCUUAAAAGUGAUCUUCAGAAUCAUUUGCAGAAGGAAGCCCUUUUCCAUUUUAGAAGUGGUCAAACUCUGAGUCAUUGCAAAAGCAGUCCCCUUGCAGACAUCAAAUUCUGUCUGCCUGACAGCUUGCUGUUUCCUGUUAAUUUUAUUUUUCUCUGUAAGCACACUGCAUUUGUAUGGCUAUGUGAGCAUGUGCAAACGGAACCCAAUUUCCAAAUCUGGGCAUUAAUGGUAUUUUUUUUCUAAGCUUUUUUUCUCACAUCCACAGUUAUAGACAACCAAAUAAAUAUUUAUUCACUAUAUUUGCAACUGUUUACUAGAAAAGCAUAAAACAAAUCUAGGUAUAAAUGUACAUAUAACAUUAAAGUGCAUUAACAGGAAAUAAAAUGUCAUCUUACUUGCACAAAACUGAAGUGUACUCCCAUAAUCCCCAAGAAAACAGUAGCAGAGAGACAGACAGGCAUGCAUAAAUCAGUACUUACCAUCUAAAAUCUAAGAGUUUGCAUGCUCCUGAAAACCCUCUGUUUAUGAUUGCCUACAAAAUUUAAAAUUUUCUUUGGCAGGUAACAAAGGUACAUAUAUGAGUGUACUUGGGAAUUUAAUUUUUAAGUUGUGAGCGCUUGAUUUUUGGAAUCUUUUCAUUUCUUCUUAGAGAAUGAUGUUACAUCACCUAACACUUGUUUGGGUGGGAUUUAAUACUAACAAGCACAAGAACUGUCCAGUCUUUCAUACUAUCUCAAUUCUCAGCUUAAGGGAACUAGGUGCUAUAGCAGCUGGUACUACUGAAGACUUGCUGUAAUGUAUAUAAAGACAAAAAAAAAAAAAAUAGACUGAGAUUUUAAACAGAAAGCUCCAUGACUUCAAGAUUUUUAGUUCAGCAGGGAUCUUGUGGGUUCUGAUCAAGAUCUUUUAUUGAGAAGUAACAAUAACAAUAAAAAGUAAACUUAUGUUUGUGUAGGAGAAAGAAUAAAAUAGUUUUAACUAUGGAUUGCUCAUUGUCCAGUAAACAGAUCUCUUUUCCACUCUACUUUGUAUUCUGCAUGUUUGAUACAUACAUACAUACGUGCUCACCUGUUGAUAUAUUCUGUGUUACAGGCAUGUAUACGCACACCCUCUUUUUGUAUUAAGAAAUUAUGGGCCUAAGAUCCAUUAUAUGAUCAAGCAUAGAAUAUUUUAACCAUAAUUCCUAUAGCUCACAAUUUAUAGAAUAUACAGAGAUCUAAAAAACAUUUAGCAUUAUGCUAGCCUGUGCAUUAAGAGGCUGUUCGUUAGUUUCAGAUAAAUAAUCUGUGAAAAUAGUUCUUCAUCUGUUUUGUAUUAUACUAGUUAGAUAUUUUUUCAUCUUGGAUUUCAGUUGUUUCUCUUACAGACUUCUUAAAUAGAUUCCAAAACUAUAUGUAAAAAAAAAUUAUAUAUGUACCAGUAGCAGAUGCAAGAGCAACUUAGCAUGUUGCUGAAAUGUUAGGUAAUUCAGUUGUACAAUUACCUGCCUUCCAACCUUUCUUUUCGGUUUUCAAGUCUCAACAUUUUUAAUAGGUGAAGGAUGAACAAAGGUUCAUCUACAUCUAUGUUGCACAGCACUAUUCUGUUUGUGCCUCCAAGCAAUUGUUCUCUUUAGCAAUGCUUUCUGACUCCGACCACCCCCAUUCUCAAAAUAAAUGAAAGAGCACGUCUCACAAAUUGCACAUAUGGGAUUUGCAUCUCUACGGAGUUGAGAUUAAAGAAGUACUGUACCAAAAAUACCUGGAAGGGUUUAAAAGCAAUUUUUUGUGCAUUUAUAAGCAGAAUAAAAUUAAUGAGAAGCCGGCUUAUCUUGCCAAGAGAAAGGGAUUCAGAUACAAUCUUCUCCUUCUGUAUGUAAGUUUCUAGCUGUUCUUAGGUAGCACUAGGAGUCUAAUGAAUUGGUGCUUUUAUUUUUUUAUUUUUUUUAUAUCGGGGGGGGAGGAGGAGCUCAAUAUAGAGGCCUUUGUGGCCAUGGCUGUAGAAGCAGUUGGGGUACAUGCUUUUAAGGGAUCUUGCUGAAAUGUUUUUCCCUUGUCUUAAUAGCUCCCUCAUCUGCCCCAGUCAUGUAAAAGUGUAACUUAACAUUUCUGGUUUCCAUCUUAACAGUGAAGUUACCUACGGAAAAUGAAACAUAGUCCAUGAAGUCAGUAUAAGCCAAAAUUUUAUAGAACUUAAAAUCUGUAUCUGGAAUAACAGAAUAUCCUGAUUUGGAAGGGACUACAAGGAUCAUCAAGUCCCAAUUCCUGCAGAAUGUAUUUAAAAUUAUCAAACCCUAAGGUCACAGAAACAACUAUUUAGUUCCGUGAUAACAGUAUAGCAAAGAAAUUUGGUGAUCAAAACCCAUAAUAGGACAAAAAUGACUAUUUCAGAAUCUGCAUUCACAUUUGGAAGGUUUCUAGUUUUUACAUUUUGAAAUGCAAUGCAAAACUUAAAUCUGCAAGCUGCAUUGGGCCUUACUGUAUCAUCUGAAACAGGCUCUGUGGUUUCCAUUUUCGUCUUGCCCUUUGACAUGGUGACCUUCUGGGGCUAGCAGAGUAGUAUUCCAAGUGCUGAUUUAAUCUUUGGCAAACUGGAACUAAGUUGUAGGACUAAAUUCUGAUGCCUUGGACAUGCCAGUGCAAUUUCUGCUGAUAAAUAGGAAAUAUAUAUUAAAAAAAAAGUUUUAAUGUCCUAUAUGUAAUAUAAACCUUUUAGUUCAGUACAGCAUCCAUUUCCAUUUAAGAUCAGUCCAAAGGGGGCGGGCGGGAGAGGAGAACAUGAUCCUAAGAUUUCAAUUUCUGUGCAAAUUUGUCCUAACAAUGCAAAACCAUUUUGAAAAAAUUACCAGAGUGGAAGCUGGUAUGCAAAAUAAAUUAGGGAAUGGUUAAUGGUUUGGGGCCUUCCUUAGUUUUACUCUGUGUUUCUGCUAAAAUGAUAAAAGUAUGAGACAACUAAUGAUGUUACUUUGUUAUGCAGGGAUACAGAGGUUUAGGGAUUAGUAUCUUACAUAUUUUAAUUAAUAAGAGAUGUGGAACAUCAAAGCCAAUGUUCCUGCUAUCAAGAAGAACAACUGAAUCCAUUACAAGUAAGCCUGUUUUGAAGAGUGUUACUGCAGUCACAAACCCUACAGAGCUUUUUAUAAACAUAUCUGAAAGUUGGGUUGAAGUAGCAUGAUUUCGUAGAUGACAUUUCUUCUAUGUAUUUGGUAGGGGAAAAAAAAGUGGAAAAUGCAGAAUGCCUUCCUUUUACCUUUCUUCCCAAUCCAAAGUCUUGACAAUGAAUCUUUUCUCUUUCAAAUCUGCUGUCACUACCUUGUCUGAUCUCUUUGUGUUUCCUCUUCAUGCACUGUUAGAAUUUUAAGGACUGUACAGCCUCCCUGUGCUGUUUGUGCAAUGAACAAGUAGUAGAGCAGACCCCAUUCUUGAUGGGCUCCUAUGCAGUGCUGUCAUAAAUGUGAUCAACAGUUGCACGAUGUUUCUUCAAACAACAAGAAUGGCACCCUGAACUUCUACAGAUUAAGCAAAAGGAUAGGGAAGUGGGAUAAAAAUAAAAUAAUCCAAAUUUAAAAAAAAAAAAAA